AACCUUUUUAUCCAUUUGUAAAAGUCAACAAACUAACAAACUCAAAUACGAACUAUAAGAUCACUUUGAAAUGAUUCUAAAAUCCAAGAUGGUUGAAUUCAUCAAAACCCUUUGUGCUAACUUCAUCGAACGAACCUAUCGGUCAAAAGCUUCGAACACACUUAUCAUCGUAGCUUUGACAUUAUCAGUGAUAGUGGUUAUUGAAGUCUUGCUGAUGUCUUCAUGGCAAGUUGAAUUCGUUCAAGAUGGAAGAUCACCUAGAGAGAGGAGGUCGCCGAAUCACAACCAAGAGGACGUGCAGCUCGUCAGAGAGUUGUCUUCCCUUUUAAUCCCUCCAGCCAAGAAAGGUCACGUGAACACUCACGAAUUGCCGUACCCCAGCAAGUUUGUGGAGGAGCUCAGAGUACUGACCGACUACAAGCAAGGGGGUUAUUUCAUCGAAGUCGGCUCCGGGGAUAAGCAAUUGUUCUCUGACACUCUCUUCCUCGAGCGACACAUGGGCUGGACAGGACUCUUGGUAGAGCCUGAUGUUAUCAACUUGCAGACGUUCAGGAGAAAUGCGUGGAUCGCCCCUGCGUGUAUGAGUUUGAACAGGUCCGCUUACGAAUUCCACCGCCAACCCUACAUACGAGUGGGCGUGAACCGAAGAAAUUACUCUCCAGCAACCAUCAUGUGCUACCCAUUCUACACCUUCUGGCUGGCUCUCAACAGACCGGUGGUGGACUUGCUAGCCAUAGACGUGGGAGGUGGCGAGGUAGAAAUCCUAGAGACCAUCCCGUUCGACAAGGUCGACGUCAAAAUAUUGCACGUGGACCACACCAAGGCUAGGGACGGAUUCAUGGGCGUCACUACUCUAUUGCAACAGAAAGGCUACAAGGUUGUUAGUGAAACUCUUCCUCGACAUUUGUUCUUUAUUAAGAAAGAAUAUGUUGAUCACUACAAUGCAAUAUAAAUAUUUUAAUAGA